AUGAAAGCCUCAUAUCAAAGAGUUAAAAAUGAGAGGGAGCUCUUGGUUGUGGAAUCAAGAGGUGGUAAAGUUAACAGCAUUACAGGCCCACAGACAAGGAGAGCUGAAUCUGGCCCUUCCAGCGGAGCUUCAGGGAGUUCCAGUGAAUCAGAAAGCAGCUCAGAGUCAGACUCGGACAGCGAGAGCAGUUCCAGUGACAGCGAGUGCAAUGAGGGCUCACGCAGCGCCACUCCCGAGCCAGAACCUACUUCCACAAAUAAAUGGCAGCUUGACAAAUGGCUAAACAAAGUAAAUCCCCACAAUAAGACUCUAAUCAGCAGCCAGACGGAUGGUCAUAGUCUCAGUGGAACACAAGAGGACACUCAGCAAAUUGAAAAUCAGGGACAAAGCAAAGGGAAGCCCAACCUUGUUUUGUCACAGCCAGAGAGCAAAGAGAGGGCCCUUCUGAGCCCCAUCAGGGAGAAAGCCAAACCCAGAGCUGGUCAGAAGACUCCAGAGGGCAAAAUUGCAAAGCAAAAAUCUCCAGUUCAAGUGGAAUUGGCACCACCGCGACGGUCAACUGGCAAAAAGCAGCCCAAGAAGGUGGAGAGGGCUGCUAGCGUGGAGGAAUACAACUGGCCCAAACCAAAUAACCCCAGCUCCACUCCAAAGGAGAAGGAAACACCACCUGAACCUCCUAAGGCAAGGACCAAAGGUGGCAGUGGCAAAACUGCUCCAAGGAAAGAGCCCAGGUCAAACGCAGCAGUACCACCGCUGGAUAAGAAGAAGCACAGAGGUGCAAGCAAAAUAGUCCCAAAGUCAAAAGAGUUUAUUGAGACAGAAUCCUCAUCUUCAGAGUGCCAUUCUGAUCAAGAAGAUCUAGUUAAAGUUGGUGCUUCCUGUCCAGGCACUGUCAGUAGCACUUUGCUCAAAACAAAAGACUGUAACAGCAACAGUUUGAGCUUGAACAGCCUUAACAGUGCCUGUAGAACAUCAAUUGAUCCCAGUAACAGUGACCUGUUGGAGGAUCACCUUUUCUCUCCAAUACCUAUUGUCCAAAAUGAACUAUUGUCUCCUUUACGGGAAUAUGAAGAGAUCAAAUCUUUAUGGGUGAAAAUUGAACUUAGCUUCCUGUCCAGAAUUCCAGGACAAGAUCUUCCUGAACCAACGCCUAUAAAGAUUGAGUCUCAGGAUUGCAGCACUAAGCACAGGAGACAGUCCCCGGUUACAACAGUCACAGAAAGAUCCUCCAGCAAAUCCAAAAGAAAACACAAGUGUGAAAUUUCAGAUCCACUGUCAGGCAAUAAGAAGCUACGAUUAGAAAAGGAGAAUACUUUGCUCCCGCCUUGCAUAUCACCAAUUCACAGCCACAAACCCUGCAGCACAAAAGACUCACUGAAGAAGCAGCCUAGAAAGAGGGAGGAGAAGUUACUUCCACCUCCGCUGUCACCACUGGCAGAUGAACCCAUUCAUCGAAGGAGGGAUAGCGAGAGCAAUUCAUUUACCCAGGAAGCGAAUGCUUCUAACUGCAAUCAGCAGACAAACAGCACCUUCUCCAACACAAUCCCUUCAUUGGCGUCGUCUUCUUUGCACAAGCACCGCAAGGGUGACAGCAAGUCUGUGACACAUGCAAAGCUGGGCAGUGAAGAAGAAUCUCUUUGCCAGUCUUCAAGCAGCAUGCAUGGCAACAACCCAUCUGAGUCUGAUGUUUGGCCGACCCUUUCAUCAGCAUCAGUUGACCUCUCUGCACCUCGGAGGCCAAAGAUGACAUUUGAUGAAACACUUCACAGUGCGGACUACUAUAUGCAAGAAGCCAAGGCAUUAAAGCACAAGGCUGAUGCACUGCUUGAGAAAUUUGGCAAAGCUGUUAAUUAUACAGAUGGUGCACUCUCAUUCAUCGAAUGUGGGAAUGCAAUGGAAAGAGAUCCACUGGAGGCCAAGUCUCCUUUCACAAUGUAUUCGGAAACUGUGGAACUCAUCAGGUAUGCUUUGAGAUUAAAGAAUUUCACAGGACAGUCCGCAACCGUGGCUGAAAGAAAACUUGCAGCUUUAUGUUAUCGUUGUUUAUCACUACUUUACUUGAGAAUGUUUAAACUCAAAAAGGACCACGCAAUGAAGUAUUCUCGCACCCUCAUGGAAUAUUUUAAGAAUUCAGCGAAAAGUUCCCAGGCUCCUUCUCCAUGGGGGGCAAAUGGCAAAAGCACAGGUACCCCGUCACCUAUGUCCCUUAGUCCAUCUCCGGUAAGCUCGGUGGGCAGUGCCACAGCUGGGAGCUCAUCCUCUUCUUCCUCAUGCUCAGGCAGCAUUGCCAUUCCCCAGCGGAUCCAUCAUAUGGCAGCUAGUCAUGUCAAUAUUACCAACAACAUUCUGCGAAGUUAUGAGCAUUGGGACACAGCGGAUAAACUCUGCAGAGAAAGUCAAGAAUUCUUUCGGGAGCUGGAUUCUGUUCUUGAACCAUUGACACUACACAGCAGCAUGACAAGCUUGGUCCAUUACGUACGGCAAGGACUUCAUUGGCUCCGGAUAGAGGCUCACUUGUUAUAGUGAUUGGACUACUACACCUUAACUUAUACAGUGCAUCUUCAUCACUACCUCUGCCAGCACGUCAGUUGCCACUUCAAUGUGGCCAUUACAUCAUCUGGAGUGUCUGGCUGUCCACUACACAUGCUCUUCCUCCCCACCACACUACCACAUCAUUUCUUACCUACAGCACCCUGGCUAUUUGCUUAUUGGACAUUAGCAGUGUCAGUGGACACUGUGUGCCAUUAUCCAUCUGAAGGUAAAUUCUCUUGUCUCUCUCUGAUUUACUCUUUCUUCCAAUUUACAAAUGAGGUUAAUGCCCUGAAGUAAUCUCUAGCCAUUUCUUAAAACUAUUAAAUGAAAUAUAUUAAUAACUAAUGGUAAUUCAAGUGCACUUUGAAAAAAGCGCACCGUGUAUUGGGAUUAAAAAUAUUAGACAAACUGCUUUUAAAUCUAUUCUAAACAGUUUUUGUUUAUAGCAGAAUUCACUGCAAUGAAUGUUAAAUCUUGAAAAAGCUUUCUACUUCAGUUUGUAAGUGUUGACUUUGAGUAACCUGAUUGACUCGUACGCUACAAUAAGAAGGGUCAUAAUUGUCUAACUCAUAGUUAAAGCAAAAUAACAAUGACUUUCAAGUCAAAGCUAAAUAAAGGUUAGCAGCUAUUUACAUGUAUACAUCACAACCAUAUGGAUUGUUGCCUACUCUGAACAGGAUUUUUGAUCCUCAUUCCUCUUAAUCAUACUGGCUUAUGAGUCCAUUGGCUCACGCAGUGUCAACACUACCCCAACUGGUGUAUUAGAUAAGAUUUUGUUUUUCCCUAAAGAUCCCGACUUGGUUUCAUUGCAUUACCAUUCCCUUUACCUUAAAGAGUUUAAUGGCGGGGAAGUAUCCUGUUUCAGCUAGCACAAUUCCAGGGACCAAUUCUGGUUUAUUCUAUAAAACAAAGAAACUUGAAUCAGUUAACAGGCAAAGAGAGAAAAGACUAGAGUAAAAACUAACAAAUCAAUAUCCAUCAGGGUUUUUUCUUAUUAAAAAAAAUAACGACAAAUUCAAUGAUGAAUUAAAACUGUGGAAAACCAAGGCACACCUGAUAUUUAUCAAGCUUCUCAGUGGGCCUUCUCUAGCAUACAGGCGGACGUUAUGGUCUUUUGUGGUUUGGGGGGUGCCAUCCACCUUGUCAAACUUGAGCAUGUCAAAGUGGCAAAACAUUUUUUUAUUAUUGUUUUAUUUUGCAUGUAAUCAAAAAGUUGCUUCUGUAAAAAAAAAAAAAAAACAAUGCUUUACAAACUUGUAAAAUAUAACUGUUCUUUUUAACUGUGCAAAUCCCUUUUUUAUUCAAUUUUUCAGAUACUGGAUGCAUUGGUGCAUUCAUUUUUUAUGCAUUCCUCCCGGCAGUAGAAGAAAAACUUAGAGCAGAUUUUCAUGUGUUUUCAAUCUUUAUACGAUGUUAAAAAAAAAAAAAAAGUCCAGGAUAUUCAAGUAAACCGUUUGUUUUUCUUUAUGCAAAUAGUAAAUCUCAACGUGGGAAACAUAUAUACACAAAGAAGGUACCUUAUGCCUGAGAUAAGUGUGAUAUCCAGCUGACAGCUGGUUGGCAUUCUGUUUAAUCCUUGUAGAUUUUCAAAUCAUGAACUGUGUUUACACAUGUAAUUCCUUGCAAAUCAGCAGUAGAAAUGAACAGGAAAGAAUCUCUUCAAUAUCUUUUUGUAUGUAGGCAGAUUUGGCAUCUGAUUUGGACAAGUUUCACGUUCUAUUUAUUUAUUUAUUUAUUUGUUUUACUUUAUUGUUAUCCACAUUUCUGUGAUGACAGUCCCUAAAUGUAUAUAGUAACAGAUUGCAAGUGAGUGUCUCAGUAUAUUUCUGUAUGGCUGUGCCUUGUUCAGGGUAUCUGCGGACUGCCUGAUGACAAAAGAGCAAAUAUGGAGUCGUAACCCCUCAACCGAGAUGCCCAGUCAACUCCAUAGGGAAACAGCAGCAUGUUCACCUGUGUGCAUUCCAUACUUUGAAACAGAAGUAGUAGUAGUAUUUCUGUAAAUAUUAUUUGCACAUAAGCAAAAACAUUGCUUCCUUCUAAGAAUGACUUCCUGUGCAAUUACUACAGUAAGAAAAAAUAGACACUUUGGAAAGAAUGCUUACAGAGGAUGCCUUAUCGCUGUUCUAAUAGAUGGUUUCUAGGCGGGUAUUCUGUCCUGUGCUCUGCAGAUACUGCCUAACCUUCUCAGUAGGCGGCAGUGCCAUUGCUGAAUGUGAGUUGCAACUGAAGCUAUGAGGCUUGUGCGGUGCAAUGAUAAUUAGCUUUAGCCAAACUCUGAGUGCAAUAUGGCUUCUGAAAACACUGAGCCACGUUAGGGUAGGCUAGGGUUACAUUUUCCAUGCCUUAAUUGUUGCUACAUUCAAUGAAUACUCCCUUUAUUUUAGCUCUUGUUCUUGUUAUUUAUUUUUUUUAUUGUAAUAUGGUUUUCAUGUCUUUGUUGCAUAUUUACAAUCUUUCCAGAUUUAUAUAGAUAACAGGGUUGUAUUAUCUUUUUAAUUUAAAGCGGCACGACAGCCACUUCACACUCGCGCCACCCAGUCUCUGUACAUGACAAGGAUUUGGCUAUUGUAGACUACUUUUUGGUUUAGUCUUGCUGGUAGUGUCGGUUUCAUACUGACCAAUCAUUCUAAAUUUAAAGUAAAGAAUUAUUUUUGACAUAUUGGAGACUGCAAUCCCAUCCGACAUAAUUUACUGAAUUUCUAGACUUCUCAUGCCUCUUCUUAAACUCUGUCUUUCCAGUUCUUGGUUUUACUGUUAGAAAUGCAGUUUUCCUUAGCAGCUAUUUGUGUUUAUUUUUUAAUUUUUUUUACACUCCAGCCUACUAAGAGAAGAUAUUUCACCACCCUGCUCUUCAAAUUAGCAAAGGUCCAUGGAAAAGAAUAAACAGCAAGCAGCAAUGCAAUUGUGUUUGUAAAGUUAAUUUGCAUAGUUUCUUUUAUUUCUCAGUGCAUUAAAAAAAAUUAAAUGUAUAAAGAAAUGUACUUAAUAAACUUGGAGAAGUUUACAGUUCAUAGAAAGAAAAAUUAUAUUUGAUAGUAAUUAGGAGUAUCACUUUGGUAUUAUUCUCAAACUUUAUUAAACAAAACAGCAUUAUAAAUAUAUAGUCUGAUGCAUUUCAGGAGAAGUAAAGAUGCAUUCGUCAAAAACAUUCUUAUUUGUAAAUAAUUUUUAUUGAAGAUUCAUUUAUUGUAAAAUGACACCAUUUUUAUUCUGUAAUUCAGAAUUUGAAGGAUAAUCUUUUAAAAAAAGUUUAGAUGCAUAAGUGCAUGAGUUAAUUAAGCACAAAGAAAGACAAGCAGUAUUAGGAUGGCGAAUUGACCACAUCUCAGGUGAGGUGGUAAUGUUCACACAUUUAUACAGAAUAAUCAGAUAACCUUUAUAGAAAAGAGAAUUAAGUAUUUUCUUUGCCAGAUGAAGCCUUGCAUCCACGAGAAAGAGAAUCAAGAUCACAGCGUGUAGGCCAUCUUAGAGGUGCGGAGGCAUUGUGUAAGCCAAUGAUUCUCAAGUUCUGUCCCUAUGGCUGCAGGUUUUAUGCUAACCAACCUUGCCUUUAAUUAGGCAAACAAUUCAGAACAAGCAUUUACCUAUGUUACCUGGAGAUCAUUCAGUAUUUUUAUCUUGCUUUUUAUCAUCACCUUGAUCAUUAUUUUUAUUCUUCUUUUCCAGGAAUUGUUAUUUAACACUUUGUGUACGAAUGAGCACACUAGUGUGUAAUUAAGGCCAGAGGGAAAAAAAGUGAAUUAAUAGGAAAACAACAAAAGAGAAUAAAGCACUUAAAGCCAUGGGAAAAACACAAACGUCAAAAUUGGUUGUAGACUAUUCCAUUUUUCUGAAUGCAAAAUAAGUGGAACAAAAGACCAGCUAAUUAAAUGAUGAGAUGAAUUGGAAGUAAAAUGACUUGCUGCAGGGACACCUCAGGGCUGAUCAUUAGGACCACUACUGUUAGCUGAUUGACCAAAUCUGUUGCGCCAGAAAUCUCAAAAGUCCAUGUCAUGGAGACAAAUCCAACUUGUCACCUGGGCAUGCAAACCAUUAGCACGAGGCUAUACUUUUCAAGGGAUUACUUUACACUCAGUAAAGGUCCACCUUUAGCUUUUUUAACCUACAUAAUAAAACUUUAAGGACUAUUUUUCUACCUGAAAAUCAAAUAUGUCAUUAGCAAAACUGGAACCUAAGUUUUUUCUAAUUAAAUAAUAGUUUUGUACUUUACUUUUACUUGUUAUACAGUUAUGAAACUAUGCUUGAGUGCAGCUCCUUUUUCCAGAUUUUUGCUUAGUUAUGCAAAUUUUGCCCCCCUCCCCACACAUUGCUACCAACUGUCUGCAGUUAUCAGGAACAGUUUGUAAAUUUUCAAGUGGUUUUUGCACAGCUGCUGAACGCUCACGCAAAGAGGACUCAUUCUGUUAGGGAAAUCUGUGCUUCAUUGGCAAACGGAUCUCUGCUGCACAGAGCAUUGGCACUUUCAGUCAGAGCGAGCCCAGUGUAAAACAAAGUAGGUUUAACAUUGCCAGGCAUGGGUUUGGCAAAGGCAGCACAGCAUUCUUGCCUUGCACGUUUGUCGCUGUAAGGUGGAUCUGUUCAGUUUCAUCUAGGAAUAUUUAACUUUGCCUAAUGAGGGUCUCAAGAAACAGUAAAGCUAUUUAAUGGCCUUAUGUAUCCAAUAAAAAAGAAACAGCUGGAAUUUGAAUAUGCCUGGAAUGACAAACAGUUGCUAAAGAAGAGAGAUCUUCAACGAUCUUUCAUUCUUGGCAGCACGGCAUGUCUUUGUGCGUCAGUACUCAAUGCUGUGCUUCUUCAGGCACAAGUGAACUUGCAGCUGGGGGAAAAGAGUGAAGAAAAAAGAGGAAAAACUGUACUUCACAAAAUUUAGUGUCAAAUAAUAGUGAAGUAAUGGGAAAGUAGUGCCACUUUACAAUAAGUGUCCAUAUUUUAUUAUUAAGCGUGAAACUGUAAGAUAUUCUGCAAUUUUUAGCUAAAAAAUCUAAAUGAAGGCCCUUUUGUUAUUUAUGUUGUUCCAGUGUUAAUGUUAAAUAAUUAAAGACGAAUGUUAUUCCACUCUUUAUAACAAUCAUUUAAAUUAUAGGUGACUUACAAAGUUCAAAGUUACAAAGUUUUUCAAAUAGAGUAUCUCCACAAUUAAAGCACCAGCAGCUUAGCUGACAUGUGCAGAGCUGUGCAGAAAGUCAGAGGUAAGAAGUGAGGAUUACAGUUCAACACUUCUUCUGAAGCCACCAAAAAUAAUGUGUAAUAUUCUUAAAAAUGAGUAUCAAUAUGCAUUGCUAUGGCUUGCUUUCCUUUAUGUUUCUCUUUAUGCAUCCUUAUUUAGUCUGUAAUCUUUAGGUUUUCACGUUAGGCACUUAAAAGAUUAUAUACUAGUGAUUAUGUAUAGAGUACCAUGAAUAUUGGUAUGAAUGCUGAAUCUUCUUGCAAAUGUAAAAAUGAAGAUAUCCAGAACAUUUAAGAUAGACUUUUGCAUGGGGAGACUGCCAUCUACACUUACUGUCUCUAAUCAGAUGAGCUCUGCAAAACCUAAUGGGGAACAUGAUACCUUACCGCACUGCAAUGCUCAAGAUCCAUCCAUAUUUCAUAUUACAUUGAAGGAAAGCUGUUUAUUAAUUAACACCAUAUUGGCACAGAUUUCAAAAGACAUAUAACAUCUUAUCUGCAGUAAACAUACAUGUCUGCAACAGAUUAUGUUGUUUUCAUUUGAAAAAUCUGUAGGUGGAUUGCAGUGCUUAGCCAUUAUAUUUUAUUUUUUUGACUGUCUUGUUUUUGAUGUAAAACUGUAACUUCAUACAUUUUUCUGUAGUAUUCCAAAUUCAGUAUUCAUUCGAACUUGAACUCUCAGCUAGUAACAAAGUGAAAGUGCUAAGCGUGAGAGUAAAAAAUAAAAAUAAAAUCUAUCUACCUAUCUAUUAGCAAUAUUCAUCUAAAAAAUAUGUAAUGGAGGAUCACCUUGGCACAAAACAUUGCUUAUAUAACACAGUAGCACUGUGAUAAAGCUUAUUAUAUCAGAAAUAAAUGAACAAAAAAAUUCUAGCAUUAGAUAGAUAGAUAGAUAGAUAGAUAGAUAGAUAGAUAGA